AUGGGACUCAGAAUGGACGACCUGCACGCGCCCACUGUGCAGUCUGGCCCGACAUCACAAGGCACCACCAACGGCUCCGACGCGAAGAAGACAUUCCGCGAGUUGGUCUCGCAGAAGGAGAACCUCGAGGCGGAGCUGUCUGCACUCAGCUCAGUCCUUGAUUCGCAUGGCGUAAACAUGAACACUUCACUCUUGACCUUCGACGGAUUCCCUCGAGCCGACAUCGACGUGGCGCAAAUACGGACAACAAGAGCUCGGAUCAUCAGACUCAAGAAUGAUCACAAGGCAGUCAUGUCCAAGCUUGAAGUAGCCGUGCAGGAGCAAUUUGCAGCAGGCAAAGUAGAAGAGGCGGCAGCAUCCGCAAAUGGUAUACCUCUGAGAUCAGGCACGGCAUCCGCCUCCUCUGCAGCGCCUGUGGUCGAGCCUCCCUUCGCCAAAGUCAACUCGGUGGUACCCAACAGUCCCGCGGAACAGGCAGGUUUGCGCACAGGCUACAAAGUGAUCAAGUUUGGUUGGGUCAACUUUACGAACCACGAGAGACUGGCGAAGGUCGCUCUCGUCGUGCAGCAGAACGAAGACCGAGUCAUCCUGGUGAAAGUACUUAGAGACAACGCUCAAGGCUCGGGACCACACGAACUACGCUUAACGCCACAGCGUAACUGGGGUGGUCGCGGGCUGCUGGGUUGCCAUCUCGUUCCUCUGUGA